CUCACCCAAAUUAACACCAAAAUCAACACAUUUGACGCCGUCUUCAGUUGAAGCACCAUCACAAUUGCAAACCCCUCUCUCAACUCCACCAUCUUCGCGAUCUCCCUCACCCAUUCCACCAGAAACUCCCUUUCUUAUCCCUUUACCUGUUUCACGGCCUUCUUCACCGAUUACCACAACUACUAUUCCUUCAGCCACUAUACUUCCAUUCAGAGAUCCACCAAUAACGCAACAAAUUCACCCACCUAUUAACAAUGAUAAUAACAACAAUUUUAUAGUUUUAUCUGUUUUCGAUCAUGAUGAAGUGUUUUUAGACGAUGAAUAUUCGCGAUUAACAAAUGCUACAACUGUUCCUACUAAUACAACUACAACCCUUUUCCAUCCAUAUGCUAAUUAUAUACGUAAUUUGGAUUUCACAUUCCUGACAGAACAUGAUAGAAAUAAUUCAACGCUGUCGUCACAUCUUCUUCGACUACUCCCCAUCAUUCAUAACGGGAACCUACAAAGCCUGAAUCUUAGUUUCGUCAAAGGGAUCACGAAUAGUUAUUUAAUGAAAUUAUUAUCACCUUUCUUUGCAAAUAUACGCACGAUAAAUCUGGCGGGUGGAUCAAGAUCUGAUGCAUGUUUAUCCGCGGUAAUACCACAUUGUCAUCAAGUACAAAAUCUUUCGUUUGCAUGGAACACCUCCCUGUCAGACACAUCAAUUACAAAAAUUGCUACUUUAUGUGGGUCACGAUUACGCACGCUUGAUCUGACAAAUUGUGAAAAAGUUAGUGACCGAUCAAUGUCUUCGAUUGCGAAACAUUGUAGCAAACUAAGAGAACUACGAGUUAGCUAUUGUCGUGGAGUUAGUGAGGUGGGUGUGAGGGAAGUGGUAGAUUCGUGUGAUGGGUUAACGUUGUUGGAUUUGGUCGGGUGUUCGGGUGUGGAUCGUGGGUUUUUGAUAAAAUGUAAUGAUGAGUUUUCGUUGCAAAGGCGUGGAUUGAAAAUAGUAUGGCGAAGAGAUUCUGAGGGUGGUGGAACUGCUACUUGGGCGGAUAAUUGA